AUGGAGAAAACUAAUAACAGAUCUGAAUCAACAUUUAAAAAUGCUUUAAAAAAGUUACGUAGACAUUUAAACAUAGAAAAUCAUGCAGACUUGUGUAAUCGGGAACGACCCCCCAAAGAUAUUAAAGCUGUCGUGGUUGCUACAUUAGAGGAUCACGCUCCAUCUUUAUCAACAGUGCAAAAGUGGGCAGCUGAAUUUAGGAGGGGAACGGACAGUCUGAAAAAAGACCCAAGGUCAGAACGAACUUCUACUUCCACUACGGAGGAAAACAUUGAUCGUGUUCACCACACUGUAAAGAGUGACAGGCAAUUGACUAUAAAUCAAAAAGCCAAUGUUAUUAGCAUAUCUUUUGAGAGAAUUGAGAAAAUUCUACACAAUGAACUCAGUAUGACAAUGGUUUUUGCUCCUUGGUUGCCUCGUCUUUGA